AUCCCCCUCCAAACGCCUGAGACUCCGCACACCUUGGCUUCUGCGUCGUUCAGCCCAGAUGAUGUCAUCGGAACUCCUCUCCCCUGGUUGGCUGCAUCAGCUGCUGGUGGUUCUGCUGAGGCUCGCGCUGUCCUGCGCGGGCCCCGCCAAACCGGCCAAUGGGACGGCGUGUUCAGCGCGAGGCCCCGCCUCUUACAUCCUGGUGUUCACAGGCCACUGGAGCCCACAGACCUUCCCCAAGCAGUACCCGCUGUUCCGCCCGCCUGCACAGUGGUCCAAGCUGAUAGCGGUGACCCACAAUGGACAGUUCCGGCUGUGGCAGGAGGGGGCGCUGGCGAGCCCCGGGGUGCAGAGCGUCGCGGAGCUGGGCGUGACGGUGGAGGUGAUGAAAGAGGCACGCGAGGCACGGAAGAGGCGGGCGGUGGGGGCCAUGUACCGAACCGCUGGCAUCCCCACGGGCAUUGGGCACAGCUCCACUGAACUGCUGCUGCAGCCCAGGAACCCCAAGCUGUCCUUGCUGGUGAAGAUAGUUCCCAGUCCUGACUGGUUUGUGGGUGUGGACAGUCUGAACUUGUGUGAGGGGGGCCAGUGGCGGCAAGAAGUGACCGUUGACCUCCACCCAUUUGAUGCGGGCACGGACAGCGGCUUUACCUUUUCAUCACCCAACUUCCCCAGCAAUCCACCUGAGAACAUCACACAGAUCACUUCUCAGAAUCCCAGCCACCCGGCCAAUUCCUUCUACUACCCCCGUCUGCCAGAGCUCCCUCCGCUGGCCACAAUAAGACUAACAAAACAGAUCCGGUCAGCUGGCCGUCAAAAUACUCUGUCCAACCACAUCCUGCCUCACUCUAACACGCCUCAGCGCUUUGCAGAAACGCCACUGGACUGCGAGGUGUCCCUCUGGUCGUCCUGGGGCCUGUGUCUGGGGCCAUGCGCCCAGGGCGGGGUCCGACACCGCACCCGCUACAUCCUCCUACGUCCCGCCAACAGUGGCGCACCCUGCCCCGAGCUGGAGGAGCAGGCCGAGUGUACGCCCCACCACUGCGUUACACGCCACUGAGUCCGCGUCGCUCCGGGAACACUGAGACCAACACUGAGGCGUGGUGCAGCACUGAGUCCCAGAACGGCACCGCUCGCCACCACCGACACCGCACAGACUGCAGGACGCCCACCCCCCACCACAGGCUGCAUCUCCCCCACCGCACAGUGGUUACACACUGCAUUAACUCACGCACUCUCCCUACCCAACAUGCAUUUCACUCCCAUUUCAGCACGCUGAAGUUCACUGUCAUGGCAGAUACGACCACAGCGA